GCCUCCGCUCCGGCACUAAAAGCGGCCUGUUGUGCCUCCACGUCAAGCGCGCUCUUCUUCGAGUCCGACGCCGCCCUCUGCGUGCCGGAUAGUCGACGGUCGUUUAAUUUCUCUCUGUGUCUCUCUUUCUGAUAGUCCUUUGCCUGCCUGUCACCUAAUUCUGUUCCCCUCUCUUCGUAUCCCUUCUGGCGUGGCCCAGUUCUUCAAAACGACACCUUCUGGCUUGCUCUAGUUCCUCGAUCACGACACCUUCUGGCUUGGUUUGGUUCUUUCAUAUACGACACCUUCUGGCUUGGUUUGGUCCUUCAAAAACACCACUUUCUGGCUUGGUUCGGUUCCUCCCCUUCCUGCUUCUCUCAACACCAGCAACGUUAGGAGUCCCGUUAUCGGCGACUUCGUAACCACGACAUGAUGAUGGCGCAACCAUUUCCUGCCCAUCAAGGCAUCCCACAACAUCCUGGUCUGCCUCCCGGUCACCCAAUGGCCCCCGGUCAACACCCCAAUGCUCACCCCGGCGCUGGGAUGGUACAGCCGGUGCAUCCAGGCGUAUCCGCGCCAGGAGGACCCCAGGUUAGUCAGGGCGGACCGGUGAUGGGCGGGAUGCCUCCGGGAGCUGGAACAACAGGGCCUGGGGGCCCUGUUCAGGCCCAUGCUCUUUCCCACCUCGGCCCGGCUCAAGCCCACAUGUUCCAGCAGCCGCAUUUUGCCCAGCAGUUUGCAAACAACCCUCAACUUAUGCAGCAGCAUCAACACCAACUCAUAAGGCAGCGAAUGAUGCUACAGCAACAACAGCAGCAGCAGCAACAACAACAACAACAACAACAACAACAGCAGCAUGGUGGGUUGCCAGUACAGAUGCCAAAUGGCAAUCCCGGCCUUAAUGCGGCUCAGAUCGCGGCGAUGCAAGCGAACCCUGCGAUGCGUCCGGUUAAUUUGCAAAUGCAGCUUCAACAGAUGCCUCAUGGGCAGCCGCAGAACCUCCAGCAGCAGCAACAUCUUUUUGCUAUGCAGCAAGCUCAACAAGCCCAGCAAGCCCAGCAAGCCCAACAGGCCCAACAGGCCCAACAGGCUCAGCAGGCGCAUCAGGCGCAGCAAGUCCAGCAGGCUACUUCGACGGGACAACCUGGCCAGCAGACACCUCAACAGCGUCCAGCAGCACCCCAGAACGUACACGACGCUCAAAGUGUUACCCCUCAACCUCAGCCGGGACCGCCGCCGCACCAGGGAAGCGCCACGCCGCAACCGAAUCCUCAACACAUACCCACGUCUCAGCCCCCGCAGCAGCAGCCCCCUGCUCCGCAGCCGCAGCCUACUCCCAAUCCACCACCACAACACCUCCCACAAGUACAGCAACCAGGUCAGCAAUCACAAGCGCCUCAGCAACCACAGACCCAACCUCAGCCGCAGCAGGCCCAGCAGGGCCAGCAACAGGGCCAGCAACAACAACCGAUGACCGCGCAGGAGGCCCAACUGAAGGCGCAGCAACAGCAGAACUCUGCUGCCAUGAUGAUGCAACAGCAGCAGCAGCAACAGCAACAACGGAUGAACAUGAAGGGCGCUGCAAUCCUGCAGCUCAACACCUUCGCAGAAAAUUUGAGCCACCUUUCAAGUCGUCCUGAGAUGGGCACUGAUUUGGGUCAAUGGAGUACUUUCGUGUCCAGAUUCUAUGCGCCUGGUGGUGUAUUGAGACAGGGUGUUUACAACCCACAGGCUGGCUCCAAACAAUUCGAGAUUGCCACUCCUGCUCUAGCGCGUUAUUACCACACCCAGUGUACAAGUGGUAUCUGCCAUAUCCAAAUGGUUGUUGACGGGGCGCGGGAAAGGGAUUCACCAAACGGAGUCCACAUUGUGGAGAGCCCGAGGACAUGUUUCAUUUAUUGGUUCACGAAUGGAACUCAGCUCUUCACGACUGGAAGCAUGACGGCCCACUUUGAUAUGAAUAACAAGAUUGAAAUGCUUGAUAUUGUGGUGAUGUCACAUACAGAAUACCUCCCUCGAAGUCAGCUACAGGCCCUGGAGCUCGCCGACCAGCAGAAACAAAGUCCCAAGGUUUCUAAAAACAUGGGGAAACGGGCCCAGGCUAAACAAGCGCAACAGCCUGCGUUCACGUUGCCCGAAUCCAUGGUCACCCCGAAUGGCGUUCCCACGGCCGUUAUGAGCUUUCUUGAGGUGGCGGAAACAAUCUCGCACAUGCAGAUGCUGUUUCAGUUCUCGCAUCAAAACCCCCAACUGACACCCUCGGAAGCCUUGCGGAAUCUGCUCAUUCAGAUGCAACAGACGCAGGCUCCCAACCCUGCGUAUAUGCAGGGUCCCAUGAACCCAGCCAUGCAGCAGGGCCAGCCACGGCCCCCCAAUAUGAAUGUACCAGUGCCCAAUCAGUUCGCGUCUCCGGCGAUGGCCCAUCUAGGUUUGCCGGGCGCUCAGGGUUCACCCCAUCUGACUGGGUCCGCCCACCCUAGUCCGGCCCAGAGCCAUCUGGCGGGGCCUCCGGGGAUGGUUCCCCCCGGUCAAGUGCAGGGCAACAUUCCGCAGGGAACCAGUGCAAGCGCUAGCCCCGGCAUGGGCAACAAACGCCGCCGCGCUAGCACCGUGAAGAUGGAGAACGAUGAUACCGGCCCCGAGGUGAAUGGGACUGCUGUUCAGGGGCCCACGAAAGUCAAGGCUAGUCCUCGAGUAGGGGCUAAGAAGCAGAAGGGUGGUGGGUAAUGAUGCCGAAUACUAGACGCCAAGCUGAGAGUCAACUCAAUCAAGCUAACCAUCAGGGACCACAUUGAUGUAUUAUGACCAAUACAACAAGGCUCGGAACAACACUGCGAAAGAGCCUCUGUGUCAGGCAGCUGCAUAAUUGUUGUGUGAUAUCUUUAUUUACUUUUACCUUUAUCCUUUUUUCAUUGUUUCAUUUCUUUUUUUUUGUUCCUCACCUUUCAUGUGUCC